CGCUCCGCCCCGCCUCCCGCGCAGGCAGACGUCCCCUACAUCCGGGUACUGACUCCAGCCGCCCAGACUUUGGCACUAUGGUCAUGGCGGAGGGGACGGCUGUGCUGAGGCGGAACAGGCCGGGCACCAAGGCUCAGGAUUUCUAUAAUUGGCCUGAUGAAUCUUUUGAUGAAAUGGACAGUACACUAGCUGUUCAGCAGUAUAUUCAACAGAACAUAAGAGCAGAUUGUUCCAAUAUUGACAAAAUUCUUGAACCACCAGAAGGCCAAGAUGAAGGUGUAUGGAAGUAUGAACAUUUAAGGCAAUUCUGUCUUGAGCUCAAUGGACUUGCUGUCAAACUUCAGAGUGAAUGCCAUCCAGAUACGUGUACUCAGAUGACAGCAACUGAACAAUGGAUUUUUCUUUGUGCAGCUCAUAAAACUCCAAAAGAGUGUCCUGCUAUAGACUAUACCAGACACACACUUGACGGUGCUGCAUGUCUUCUGAAUAGCAAUAAAUAUUUUCCUAGCAGGGUUAGCAUAAAGGAAUCAUCAGUAGCAAAACUAGGAUCAGUAUGCCGUAGGAUUUACAGAAUAUUUUCACAUGCUUAUUUUCAUCAUCGGCAGAUAUUUGAUGAAUAUGAAAAUGAAACAUUUUUGUGUCAUCGGUUUACUAAAUUUGUGAUGAAAUACAAUUUGAUGUCCAAGGAUAACCUGAUUGUACCAAUUUUAGAAGAGGAAGUUCAGAAUUCAGUUUCUGGGGAAAGUGAAGCAUGAAGGGAAUCAUAUAGAAAAAAUGUACUGAGCAUAAAAUUAACAUUCAUUAUGUACUGUAUAUAUAUAUAUAUCAUUUUAGAUAUGUCAAUCAUGUAUCCGUAUUAGAGCCCCUUUGUUUAGUAUAUAGGUUUUUGUAUGCUGAGUGUUGCCUUUUAAAGUGGGAAAAACUUUUUAAGUUAUUCAUGAGCUGUAUAUUCACCGGUGUGGCACUCAUGGUUUUUAAAUAAGAUUAGUAUUAUCUGUUUAUAAUGCCUGUUAAUAAAAGAAUUUACAGUUUGGUAAAAUUGCUGCUAAACAAUCAUUGGAUCAUAAUCCUCAUCAAUAAACCCAUCUAUAAAAAAGAUGAGUGAGCUUGAGGUUUCGCACAAGCCAUUUGCUAAAUAGUAACGUUUUCCUUUAGUUUUACCCCUGAGUUUAGAUAGUCUAGAAAAUUCUGUAGUACAUAGUUUAGUUUUAGCUAUUAACUUUUCAAAAACGAAAUAAAAGUUUUAAAAUUCUGUUUAUAGUUUUUGAUACACAUUUAUGAUUAUGUGUAUAUCCAAAUAUAAAUCAAAUGAAGCAUUAGUAUUAGUGAAAUAAUCUUAAUACUACAUAAAGUAUAUUCUGGACCCACAUACUUGGAAAGGAUUUACCUUUUUGCAACAGUGGACUGUUACAUACAAGAUGGUGAUAAUGAUAAGGUGCAUAAAUGAUGCUCCCACUGGAAACCUACCCUGUCCUUCCCUUCUCCUCAUGUCUCUUAAUACCCAUUCCCCCUCCACACUAGACUGCAUUAGAUGAGAAGCUUUUCACCAGACUGUGAUUUAGGGGUGGCUUAUACCUAUUUAUAUUGUAUUAAUUGCUUACAAAUUAUACCUCAUGUUGGCAAUUACACUACAGGAAAAAUGUAUUGGCACAGGCUCUUGCUUAUCUUUGUUUUGCAAAAUUGUUCUAACUACUUGGAAAACAGUUUUUUAAAUAGUUUGAUUUUCUCUGUUACUAAUAUUACUCUGACCAUCAAUGCAGCAUUUAAAUCAAGUUGAAAAAUAUUGUAGUAUUUAUUUUUAUCACCCUACCCUGCAAAGUGUAUGUUUGAAUUAUAUGCACGUAAUUUUUUUUGCAAUUAUAUACAGAUUCCCAGGGUGUUGAUGAAUAGUCAUACAGUUUUUGGAUUUUGUGUCUUAACAAGGAUUCAACUGCAGAUUUUACAGUCUUACAAUUUACUGAAUGCAGGUUUUAACAAAGCACUGGAGGUCUGAUUGCUAAACUGAUUGUAAUGAGGCACUAAGGCUAAAAAAUUGUAUAUGUAGCAAAGAAAAUACAUAAAUCCAUCUCAUGAACAGAUUUAACAAACACAGGGAACAUUUUUUUUCCCAUUUAAAAUGAUUAUUUUGAAAUGAAGAUGCGAAUGUAUUCAUCUUACUUGAUUUGUUUUCAAAUUUGAGGAUAUAUUUUAUAUCAUAUAAUGAGACAAAUAUGUACAGCAAAAAUUUUGGAAAUAGUAGCAUACUGAGAGUAUGUAUAUGUAUUAUUUCUAACCCUACCAGUAUAUCUGAUUUUGGAACAGUGCUGUUCUAGCAGCCAGUCAUUAAUUUACCACAACCCACAACUAUCUUUUAAGAAGUUUUAUGGUUAUAGUGAAAGGAAUGUUGACUUUGAAAUUAUACAUUUAUAUUAAAGUCACUAUAAGCCAAUGGGAAUAUUAAUUUUUACACAAACUUGCUAAAUACUGAGAGACUAAACUACUAAGUUAAUAAAUUAUAUAUAGCAAUGUAGCUGUUCUCUCUAUCAGGGGUGUCUAACCUGUGGCCCAGGAUGGCUGUGAACGUGGCCCAACACAAAAUCGUAAAUUUAGUUAAAACAUUGCUUAGUUUUAUUACUAAGUUUUAUACUAAAUUUUAUUACAUAGAUAUGGACAUUUUCUGUAUUAAUCACAAACUUGGGACUUGCUCGACGAUUUUAAAGGAAACUAAAGGGCUGCUGCAUAAUUAGGGUUAUUAUGUGAGGACUUUUUGCUUAUCUUUGGUGGUGGAUAUGACAGAAGUUAUGCACGGACCUUUUUUUUGCUCAUCAAUUUUCGUUAGUGUUUGUGUAUUUAACGUGUGGCCCAAGACAACUCAUCAUCCUCCAGUGUGGCCCAGAGAUGCCAAAAGGUUGGACACCCCUGUGUCUAGAUGGUGACUCAAUGGAUUUCUGUUGCAAUGGCUGGGAUUGGCAAUCUAGCUAAGUAUUUUGAAACACAUUUUGAAUAAUAUGGCUUAGUGUUAAUGGGGAAAUAAAUUUUUUUUUCUUAUUCCAUCUUCCCUGUGCUGUGUUUGGAAUUGAUUAUUGAGUAAACACAAACAAACAAAAACCCCAAAAUGAAACAUCAGUUUUAGUCUUGCUUUUGUAUUCAUAUUGACAUCUCCUUUAUACUCAUUGCAUGUGAAGUUGACUCACUAUACUAGAUAGACCAAAAUGGAACAGUUACUGUUUUUGCUUAAUGCUAAUUACAGACUUUUGCAAAUAUACAUGUAUGUACCUAAGUGGUAUUGAAAAAAUUUAACAACCCUGGCAAACCACUGAUUUUUAAAUAAGUGUUCUAGGAAGAGGGGAAGAGAAAACAUAGUUCUGCGUGGUCAGGAAGUUAAGCUCCACUUUUUGUUUGAAUUGUUUAUACAAUACAGCUCCAAAAGUUAAAAUUUUCUUUGCAGAAAAUUGUUUUGACCACAUAUUCAAUUCGCUCUUUUCGUUCUAUCAUAUCUGGGGAAGUAGCUAACAAUAAUUUAUGUUCUCAAAGGUAUAUCCUAGUUCUUUUGUGUGUAUGUUUUCUCUGACUUGGUCAAAUUUGCAUUUUUAGGACAGUUUCUUAAUUAACUUCUUAAUGAGUUAGCACUUUUUUACUAUCAGAAUAACAUUAAAAAUCCAUGAUUACAUUGUUAGCAAGGACUGUAUUAUGGUUUAAACACAUUUACAGCCCUGGUCAGCUAACUCAGUUGAUUAGAGUCUUGUCCCAAAACGCCAAGGUUGCAGGUUCCAUCUCCAGUCAGGGCACAUGCAAGAAACAACCAAUGAAUGCUUAUAAGUAGAAUAACAAAAGUGAUGAUUCUCUCUCUCUGUCUCUCUUCCUCUCU